UAUAGACAUAUGCAUUUUUGGUACGUUUUUUUUUUUGUUUCGCAUCGUUAAUUGCAAUAGUUCGAAAGCCUAUCCGAAAUACACUUGAUCUAUUAACGUCAAAUUAAACAUUACUACUUCCGUUACUAGAUACAAGCCACGUGUUUUCAGUGUAAGCGUUCUAAACAUAGAUGGUGACGUCACUGAGUUAUUGUUAUUAAAGGGACUGUCCAAUAGAUUAUGGUUUGAACAAAAAAUAAAAUUAUUGUUUUAGAUAUUAAAAACGAUUAUCGCCUUUGAUUUAAGGAUAUAAAAACUCAAAGCAGACAAAGGGAAGUAUAACACAACCCAACACAUAAGCCCAAGCGGCUGGGAAUUCCAUAUUAUAUUUCAAAAACGCCGUUCGACGUUUUUGACCUAAAAAUAAAUGUAGCUGAAAAUCAGCUGACAAGUCACGUGGUACAUGGUACCGUAAUUUAUUUUUGGCAUAGAAAUUACAUUAUUUCUAAAGAAAUAGAUUUAGCUUGUUGAGCAAAUAAUUAUUUUUCAUGUAAUAUUUUUGAAAAACCAAUAAAUUAUAGGCCUACUUCAUAUUUAAAUCAACAUUUUUAUUGGAAAAUCACUUUUCACAAAUACGAAUAUGCGGUCGAAAACUGAAAGCCAUCAGAAUUCAAAAUGGUUCGGACACAAACAAGUGCGAGCGCAAAGAAAAGGCUAAAAAAAACAAGAGAUGCAAGGUACAGGCGGGGAAAAAGGGAAAGGAUAAUAGACAUUGGUGAUCAGUGUGAUCGAUGGAGAAGAGUGAAAGAAGCUACUGGGGUUGAAACGGACGAGAAAAUGAUGGAAAUAUUGAUCGAUGCAUAUUUAGACUCUCAUUGUAAAGAUAUUCCUGAACUCAUUAACCCUGGCAAAAGAAAAUUGGAAACUCCACCUGCAGGUGUCAACAAGCGUCUGAAUAUUAGGAUGGAAUCAACUCCUAUUCCAGGCACCAGUUCAAAAAUCCCAGAGCUCCCUAUUUCAUCUGUCUCUGAAGCAUCGUCUACAGAUGUAUGGGAAAGACAAGGUAUAGCUGUAACCAGCAGAGAACCAAAGAUAGUAACAGCAUUAAUAACCAAAGGAACUAGGGUUGGAGAUCUUACUACUUCAGAUACAGAUGAUUUGUAUGAUGUUGACUAUGAUCCAAAUGAUCCAACUUAUGAUCCAGGUUCUUUCGAGCUGUCAAUUGUGUAUACUGGAUUAUGAAAGACUGAUAAACAUAAAGUUGACAACUCAUCUCCCCAACGAUACUUUGUGUGGCUCAUUCUCAGAACAAACCCAUAGUCAGUGAGAAAACUACAGUGUAAAAAGACCACUUGAUUGUGACCAUUAUGGCUGACCAAGCAAAUGUUAUCAUUUAAAAUAAAGAAAACUUCCAGUUCAAUGUACAUUUUAUACCAAUUAUGACAUUGGCCAACACAGAAAAUAAUUAUAAGGUUGAUUUUCCCAAAAUUGACUGUUACAAUUGGAUACUGUUUUAAGCUUCACUUUACUUUGUCUGAAAAUAAAAGUCCUAAAUGAUGUAAUAGAAACAUACAUAUUUAUUUUUUAGUUUUACAAAAAUAUAUGUAUAUAUACAUAUAUUAUAAUAUCUUUUUAUCGAUGGUCAAUCAAUUUAAGUUUAACUAAUAUAUACAUACACAUUUUAUACAUGUGUAUGCUUUGAUUUUUUUCUAUUGAAGCCAAAUUAAUAUUCCAUUAGAUAGAUAGAUAAUAUCACAGCAGUAUUCCUAGUUUGUCUGCAAGUACUGCAGAAAUCAUGGAUUAUUAUUUUACUGUGUCAGCCUUAAUCUUUAUAUUAUAAUUGUUAAAACAGAUUAAGAUGUGCAUUAUACAAUUGAGGAUGCAUCAAAAUUUUAAAAAAGGUACAUGUAUAAAUUAAUAAAGAAUCAAUAACAAUCAGAAACUGUGCAUUUUUUUCAGUAUUGUGUGAAAGGAUUUGAAGUAAUUAUGUGUUUUUGAAAUAUGAUUUAUGUGAAUUUGAAUAAAUAUAUAAAAUUAAGUGAUUUUCUCAGACAAAACUGUUAAUUACAUACUAAAGUAUUCAGAAUGUAUUAUUGUAAUAUUCAUUCGAAUUUUUUAGUACAAAAAGCACUUUUCCCUGGCAUUUGUAUUUAUUGUAAUUGCAUAUUUUAUAAUUCUGACAGCAUUUAUAAACUGUGUUCAUGCAAGCAUGAACACGGUUUCAUUUUUUGAGUAUUUAAACAAGAGGGCCAUGAUGGCCCUGUAUCGCUCCACUGCUGAGAAAAGGCUGAAACAAAUUUCUCUGCAUGUGCAAAUACUUAAAUAUAGGCCCUAUUUAAGCACAUGUACACUUUUGUGACCUUCUGGGCUGGGUCAAAUUUAACCCCAGGGGCAUAAUUUGAGCAAAAUUUGUAGAGGACUACUAUAUCUCACUACAUACAGAAUGUGGUAGCCCUAGGUCCUAGAGUAAAGGACAAGAAUAUUUUUAAAGUUUUCACGAAAUAAGCAAGAUAUAAGCGUAAAUAAUGUUCAAUUUUGUGACAUGUGGGUCAGGAUCAAGUUUGACCCAAAGGGCAUAAUUUGAACAAACUUGGUAGAGGACUAUAAGAUGUUACUGCAUACCAAAUUUGGUAGCCAUAGUCCAAAUGGUUUUCGACAAGAAGAUUUUUAAAGAUUUCACAAAAUAGGCGCUUUAAAAGCGUUUAUUCAAUUUUGUGACCCCCCGGGGCAGGGUCAAAGUUGACGCCAGAGUCAUUAUUUGAACAAAUUUGGUAGAGGUUUAUUAGAUGUCACUACAUACCAAAUUUGGUAGCCCUAGGCCCAAUGGUUAUGGACAACAAGAUUUUUAAAGUUUUCACAAAAUAGGCCCCAUAUAAGCGUAUGUUCAGUUUUGUGACCACGGGCAGGGUCAAAUUAGACCCAAGGGGCAUAAUUUGAACAAACUUGGUAGAGAACUAUAACAUGUCACUACAUACCAAAUUUGGUAGCCCUAUGCCUUAUGGUUAAGGACAAGAAGAGUUUUAAAAUUUUCACAAAAUAGGCACUAUAUAAGCAUAUAAUUGAUUUUGUGGCCCCCGGGGCAGGGUCAAAUUUGACCCCUGGGGCAUAAUUUGAACAAACUAAGUAGAGGACUAUACAAUGUCACUACAUACCAAAUUGUGUAGCCCUAGGCUUAAUGGUUAUGGACAAGAUUUUUUUUUAAGGAAUCACAAAAUAGGCAUUAUAUAAGCAUAUGUUCAAUUUUGUGACCCCCGGGGCAGGGUCAAAUUUGACCCUAGGGAUUAAAUUUGAAAAAAUUUGGUAGAGGACUAUUAGAUGUCACUAUAUACCAAAUUUGAUAGCCCUAGGCCGGAUUGUUAUGGACAAGAAUUUUUUUGAAGUUUUCACAAAAUAGGCCUUAUAUAAGCAUAUUUUCAAUUUUGUGACCCUCGGGGCAGGGUCAAACUUGACCCCAGGGGCAUAAUUGAACAAACUUGGUAGAGGACUAUAAGAUGCCACUACGUACCAAAUUUGGUAGCCCCAGGCCCAAUGGUUAUGGACGAGAAGAUUUGUAAAGUUUUCACAAAAUGUACCCUAUAUAAGCAUAUGUUCAAUUUUGUGACCCCUGGGGCAGCGUCAAAUUUGACCCCAGGGGUAUAAUUUGAACAAAUUUGGUAGAGGACUAUUAGAUGUCUCUACAUACCAAAUUUGAUAGCCCUAGGCCCAAUGGUUAUGGACAGAGAUUUUGAAAUUUUCACAAAAAAGGCCUUAUUUAAGCAAAUUUUCAAUUUUGUGACCCCCAGGGCAGAGUCAAAUUUGAUCCCAGAGGCAUAAUUUGAACAAAUUUGAAAGAGGUUCACCCCAGGAACAUCCUAAGAAAUUUCAUCAGAAUUGGACCAGUAGUUUAGGAGAAGAUGUUUAAAGGAAAAGUUUAUGCAUGGAUGCACGAUGGACACAGGACCUUUGGCCAGUGGAGCUAAAAAUCAAAUUAAACAUUUAGUUUUGAUGUAAAAUUAGUUUUAAUAUGCAAGUGUCUAUUUCACUUAUAAAUUAAAACAGCAUAUGAUU